CCAACGUUUUCACAUUACAAAUACACAAAAACCAAAAGAUAAAGAAAAACAAGAAAUAUUUUGUUUUUCGAUCUGAAAAAGUGAAAGCUUCUUCAAAAUCUUUGCUUUAGAGAUCGUUUGGUGAUUUUUUUUCUUUAUUUUUUUUUUAUAGUUUCUUCUUCUUGAUUCUUUCAUAUGGAUGGACAUCAGCAUCAUCACCUUCACCAGCUUCAAUAUCUCAACAAGCAUCAUCUUCAUACUCAAUCGCAAACGCCGGAAAUAGCCUCUCCGGUAGCUGUUGGGGAUAGGUUUCCACAGUGGAGCGUCGAAGAGACAAAAGAGUUGAUAGGGAUAAGAGGAGAGCUAGAUCAAACUUUCAUGGAGACAAAACGGAACAAGCUUCUUUGGGAAGUUAUCUCUAACAAGAUGAGAGACAAAAGCUUUCCUCGUAGCCCUGAACAGUGCAAGUGCAAGUGGAAGAACCUCGUCACUCGUUUUAAGGGAUGUGAGACAAUGGAGGCAGAGACAGCGAGACAACAGUUCCCUUUUUAUGAUGAUAUGCAAAAUAUAUUUACCACUAGAAUGCAGAGAAUGCUAUGGGCUGAAUCCGAGGGAGGAGGAGGGGGAACAAGCGGGGCAGCGAGAAAGAGAGAGUAUUCUUCAGAUGAGGAAGAAGAGAAUGUGAAUGAAGAGCUAGUAGAUGUCAGCAACGACCCAAAAAUUCUAAAUCCGAAAAAGAACAUUGCAAAGAAGCGAAAAGGCGGUAGUAAUAGUAGUAAUAGCAAUAAUGGUGUAAGAGAAGUGUUGGAAGAGUUUAUGAGACAUCAAGUGAGAAUGGAGAGCGAGUGGAGAGAAGGAUGGGAGGCUAGGGAGAAGGAAAGAGCAGAGAAAGAAGAAGAAUGGAGAAGGAAGAUGGAGGAGCUUGAGAAGGAGAGGUUGGCAAUGGAGCGGAUGUGGCGGGAUAGAGAGGAGCAACGGCGGUCGAGGGAGGAGAUGAGAGCAGAGAAGAGGGAUUCACUUAUCAAUGCAUUGCUUGCUAAGCUUACUAGAGAUGGUUCCCUCUAAUCUUUUGUCAGCUUUGCUUAACCUAAAUUAACUUGUUCUUAUAUGCUUGUUUGGGGUGUAGUGUAGGUACAAUUAUUUGGUGGGGGAAGAUAAUAUCUACGGCAAAUCUCAACACUCAUAUAUUGAUUGAUAUGAUGACAUAUUUGAGUUUUAGUGAGGCUUUAGUAAUUUAUCAUCCCCACAUUAUUUCUUCCUAGUUUAUAUUUUGGCGAGCCAAAUUCUUAUAGCAUAUCAUUUAAUCUUAGUAGUAUACUGGUUUUAAUUAGUAAUUUGUAGGACCGUAUGUGUAGUAUUUUAGAGUAAUUUGGAUUUUGUUAGAGUUAACCUACAAAUCCAUAUAUAGUGCAGCGAAUGUAAUAUCGGUUUCAAAUAUUAUCUUCAUGCAGAAGAGAACGAGGAUACUAAUAGUUUAUGGUAUUAUGAACUAAUUAACUUUGAUGAGAAUGUAGAGAUCAAGAGGGCAAAACAGUUAGUGGAAAUAUUAAACAUGCUCGAAACAAGAAUGAAAACUUAUCCUAUGAAUUAUGGGAUCAUUUAGGUCCAUUGUCUGCGAUCUAAACUUUUAUUAUUUUACCAUAAAUGUUUUCUUGUAACAUUGAGAAUCAUAUCUAACAUGGCAAGAUAAUACGUGAAUGCGUAUGGCGUUUCUUAUCCAC